AUGGCUCCCAAGCGACCCAAGAGCGGGGCGGGCGGCGGGGGUUCUGGCCCCCCAGGGACAGGCCCCAAGAACUGGGAAGCGGGGCUUGUGGCGGUCCGCUUGGAAGAGGAAAAUUGGAUUCCUAGUACUGCCUUUGUUGUUGAGAGCAAACCUGAGGAUGAACUUCACAUAAAAGCACUAUCUCUGGCUGUACAGAUGCCACAAAGGAAACUCUUCAGUGUGGUUUCUUGGGAGGAAAUAUUAGCACAGAUCAUGGAAGCUGUAGAUGUAAAAGCAAAGAAGGUCAAAGAAAAAGAAACACCUUUAUUUUAUGAAGUGAUAGAAACAGCAAAAAGCAUUCUGGAUGCUGGGGAAACACUUCCUGUAACUUUGAUUGGAAAAUUAAUUAAAUAUCAAAUGCUUUGCAUCAAACAAAAAGAUCUUCAGAGACGGAUUGCUGAAAAGAAGGCUUUAGAGGAGCGAGACAAGGAGAAAGAAGAGAAGGGAAAGGGGAAAGGAAAACCUAAGAAGGAGAAGGAAAAAGAGAAGCCUGCCAGUGCCAAGGCUGGAAAAGGAGGCAAAGGAAAGCGGUCAGCCGAUUCACCAAAUGUAUCAACGACUAUCGUUAAAAAGGAUACCAAACUUAAAAGACGUGGGGAAGAUGAUGAACUUGAUAAAUUCAUUGAUGACGAACCAGAUGAUGGUGCUCAGUUCUAUUUCAUAAUUACUGGUUUUCACAAUCCUCAACUUUUACCUAUACUGUCUGAUCUGGGCAUCAAUAUUGGAAGCAUCAUUCAGAUUUCUUCUGACAAUUAUGAGCCACUCCGGAUCUACUUAGAAACAACUACUUCGCAGGAAGAACCAUCUCUUGCAUCAGAAGUGAUAGAGGCAUCUGAAAACAAAAAGAAGCAAAAAGCAGAUAAAGACCUGGAAACAUUCUGGAAAUAUGUGGAGCCAAUCCUGAACAAUGGAAAACCAGGAUCAAAUAUUUUUCAGAUAGCUAGACUGUAUCACAAAGUCCAGGAGGUUUCCUUUCCUGCUGACUGGAGCAACAAUGACUUGGUGGUACAUACUACUGUUCCAGUUACUCCAGUUACUCCAGUUACUCCUACAAAAAAAAAACAGGCUGUAGAUGAGCCUGUGGCACUCCCAGUUUUAACUGCAGAUGUAGACAUGAGGUACUACAAUGAUCUCCUGAGUUGUGUCCCUGAUGAGGUGGUUUCUGUUGCCUUAUUACUGGAGUGUAUGUUGCAACAGGUUGUUGCAUCAGAAGAAAAUCUUACACCACCAAGCCUAGUGAUUCCACAGCCACGUGAAGAUGGGUUGGAUCAUACCAUUGCCAGUCAUAUUGUUUCGAUUCUACCUUCACUUGCCCUUUCUGAAAAUGAAAAAAUGGAGCUGUAUAAUUCCUUUUAUCCUGAAAAUGAUGAAAAAGUUACGGCUCCCAGAGGGCCUCUAAUACUAAACUAUCAUGAUAAUUUGUCUCGGAAACUACACAGCGUAAAGGUAAAAGAUGGUUUACACCCAAUAAAGAUUGAAGAGGAAAUGAUGGAAAAGCUGCCUUUGAUGGAACUUCUUAAAUUCCCUCUUCCAUCACCUGCAAACAAUACCAAACGCCUUGCCAGGCUUCAUGAACUUAUGCACUAUUGUACUGAUGAACAUAUGAAUUGGGCUGAAGUAGAACGAGCUUUUCGAGUGUUUACUUUUGAAAGUUUGAAGCUGACAAAAGUCGAUAAGUAUGGGCAGCUCAAAGACUCUGGCAAGAUGCUUGGUGGUGAUGAUGAAGUGUCUUAUAUCCCAUGGGACAAUCCUGCUAGGUUUGCUAGACAACUGAGACAAGAAUUAUUUGGCAAAAAGGUUUCUAAAGAGCUUAAUUUGAAUAAUUCAGAGCUAGGCUCUGAGCAUAAUACAUUUCAAAGUCAACAACAUUUCUCUUUUUCACUGGAGGAAAGUAUCAAGAAACAAUCCAAAUCUUUCAGCUCAGAUUUGAUUGCUGAUGUUCAUGAAAAUGAUCUGAACAAUUCUGUAGAUAAGGUAAUUUCAGCCAUCCAAAAGACCCAGCAGCGGUGUCUGAAUGACUGGAGUUUUGUUGAACAUUUUCAACCACAACUCCUCUUCCAGGUCCUUCAUAAUGCAACUCAGAAUUAUAGGUGCAUUGAUUCCUAUUAUCAUACUCAAGAUAACUCUUUGCUGAUAGUCCUUCAUAAUCCCAUUAAUCAACAUCGUCAAUUCCAGGAGUUCUGGAACAUUUCAUUGCAUUCUGAUGUUGGGUUCAGGAAUUAUCUGGAAUUGGUGGCUGCCUCCAUUGAUGAAUGGAUAGUGAAAGAAGAAGCCAAAUACCAGGAAGAAAAAAUGGCUAAGGAACUGGAGGAACUUAGAUUAGCUAAAGAGGCAAUGGAGAAAGCUCCUGCUGAGGUCAAGUCUCCACCUUCUGGCAAAAAAGGGGCUGCUACAAAGAAAGCGAAAAGUUCUUCCAAAAGUAAAGUAGAGGUUUCAUCUGAACCUGUACCUGAGAAGGAAAAAAAUAUAUUUGUCAGAGAUGAAUCUCUCAAGGCCUGGAAAGAAGAGCAAGAGAGACUGUUGGAGGAAGAACGCUUAAAAGAAUUAAAAAAAGCAGAGAAGAAGGAAAAAUCUGAUGGGAAAAAGAAAGGCCAGGGUAAAGAGCCACCCAUUCCUGAAGAAGGAAAAGCAUCGAAGAAAAAGGGUUCUAAGGAUAAAGCAGAGACAUCCAAAUCAUCAGAGGCUGAAGAUCAGGCCAAGUUGCAGAAACAGAGUAAACAAACUGUGCCUCCUGUGCCUGCAGAGCAAGACUAUGAGUUUCUUGGAUAUAAUAUGGGUGAGAAUCCCAUUCAAGUUUCAGGGACUAUCCAUUAUCUUUUCCCUACUGAUGGAGGGCAAAUCCAAGCAGAAAAAAUAAUGUUUGAAAAAGGGUCAACCUUAGUUAAAGUGAAGGUGAUAAAAGAUAACCACAGUUUUUUCAUUCAUAUAACAGAUCCUCAGAUAAGACUAAUAGAUGAAGAAGAAAGUUUUGGUUCCCUAGAAGAACAUGAGAUAAAGCCAGAAAAAACAAUUAAUCAAGGAAAACCUGUGGGCAAAUUUGCCUCAUUUUCGGCAACCUUAGAAAAUGAAAUCCAUCUUUCCUUUAGUUGUUAUGGGGCUUCAGGAAAAGCAGCAGAGGAAAUGGAUCCUUAUUUGGCAACUAUUCUGGCUAUCCCUUCAGUAAACUUGCCCACUUCGACUUUCCUUUCCUCGGCUCUUUCUGCUGCUGCAGUUCCUGCUACAGGAAAGGCAAAGCCAGGUAAAGAAAAAUCAGCCAAAUCCUUACCGUCUGCCAAAGUGAGUUCCCGUAUGACAUUGAAUGUAUCACCUGAAGAAUCUUCAAUGCAAGAAGAGAAAAAGACAGAAAGAAAUGAGCCAGUCCAAACACAGGCUGUUCCUGAAACUCAUAUUUUCAAUACUUUGAACGUGUCUUCUCCCAAUGGAUUGGUACUUACCUUUAUUGGUCAAAAAUUCGCAGGUGAAGAAAAAGGAGAGAAAGAGAAGAACGAUGAUGAAGAAAGCAAAACAGAUGAGACUAAAUCAGGUGAAGUCAAGCUGGAAGAAAUCAAAACAGAGGACAGCAAAGAAAAGCAGAUUCAGCCCCACGAACCUUUAGCUAAAGACAGUGGAGACAAGACAUUCAAUGCUAAAGCCAGUGUUGAAUCUGGAGCAGAUCUUACUGUCAGGAAUGAGACUGCCAGUGACAGCAAGGCUGAGAUGGAAACAGAGGAUAACAGUAUGGUCAAGGAAUCUCCUUUUGAAAUAUUUAUUAGGCAGAGCUAUCCACAAAGAGUAAAACAGUCGCAACUUCACAAAACGGUGAAGAAACCAAUAGAGCAAGAAGUAUCCAGAGUAAUAACACGACAAGGGACUGUUGUAAAGUACAUGAUAGAUGGAUCCACUCAGAUACUCUUUGCUGAUGGCACAGUGAUUAGGAGUCCUGAUUCUGGCCCUGUGAUCCCACCUCCACCUGCACCCAGCACACCUCAUACAGAGAUCACACCAACUCCGGAAACAAGCAGCAAAAAAAGCAGAAAAAAUACUAAAGGUCUGCUUGCAGGAAAAAAUGAAGCUAUUGAAACAAUUGCUCAAGAACAUCUGCCUGAGCCUGAACAAUCAUCCACUGAUGCCUUUGCUGGCACCUGGAUAACGACUACUCCAUUAGGCAUUCAGAUAGGCACCAAGGGAACCGAAAAGCUUGACCUGAAACCACUCUUGUCUUACCAGGCCACUGAUCCAGUUAAUGGAACGGUAAUGGUAAUGAGAGAAGAUAAAGUAUUAAUCGUGGAGAAAACAGAUGGAUCCCGAAUAGUAGAUCAUGCCGAUGGCACCAGAAUAAGCACCCUCUUCCAGGACUGUGUAGAAAUUGUUUCUCCUAAUGACAGUGAAGAAGCAGACAGUUACCCUCAAACCACCACAAGGAAGGUGAAAUGCAUGCGUAUCGAAAAUCCACACUUUGCAACAGUCCUAACAAACUCUGAGGACAGCACUUGUUGUGCCAUUUUUGCUGAUGGCACUUCAAUUAUAUCCAAGCCACAAGGAACAUAUCAGAUUUUACCCAUAAACAAAGGUUCCCUCUUCAUCGAUGAAAAUUACUCUGCAGUUUACUCGCCAGAGGCAUUUGAAAAAAAUGAGAGUGAACUGUCCAGUGAUGAGAACCAGCAUGUAGGGAAAUAUAUUAUGAAACACAAUUCCAAGAUUGUCUGUGAGAUGACAGACCCCGCAGGAAAUAUUUUCAAGGUCAUGGCUGAUGGUAUCACAUCUACAUUCAUUCCUACCAUUGAUAUUGAAAGCAAAGUAACUGAACCCACAGAAAUUCAGAUUCCUGUAAUAUAUGGGGAACAUGCACCCAGAUUCUUCAUUGUCCAUGCGGAUGGCUCAGGAACUGAACUCCUCCGCACCAAAGAUACAGAAGAAUAUCUGGCCAUGGCAUACGGUCAUCCCACUAUAACUGUUCUUCAGGAGGCAAUACAAGAAUGCCCAGGAGUCUUAAGCAUUACUGUUCUUUGCCCUUUGACUGAAGUAUCUCAAUGGAUAAUGAAAAAAGACUCUGACACCAUUGUUCCUUACAAUCUCCAAUCCAGGGAUUGGGAAAACUUUCCUCCUGUGGAGAGGAAGACCCCUGGCCCUCCGUUUGGAAUGCAUGCUUGGAAAGGCCUGUGCAUUGAGUUCAAGGAAUUAGCAGUUUCUCCUGCACCUAUAAAAAAAUGUCCAAAUGUGCUCCAAAUUCGUCGACUAAUCCAGUAUGAGCCAGUCACUGAUGAAUUAAGACACAAAUUGCAAUCUUCUGUCAAGGAAUACAUUGACAAAAUCAUUAAGCAAGAAGAUGAGAUUGAAGAUAGGAUGAUUAAAGAACCAAGAACGGAACAGGAAAAGAAAAAUGCUGCAGACCUUCUCAAGCUUGUUAUGUCUUUUCCCAGUCUUGAAGAAUCCUCAGAAUUUUGCAGUAGAGCUCCAGUUUCUGUACUGUAUGAGCAGGCAAUGAUUUCACAGGUGCGAAGUUCAUCACGGGAAGUAUUCUCAAAGCAAACGGAAGAAUAUUGGAAAAUGAUGAAGAUGAGCCACGACGAGCCCGUGAAGAUUUCUGUCUGGCAGAGCAAAUUAGCGCAGACCAGGCAGGAAAUUGAGGACGGAAAGAAUUGUCUUAAGAGGAUGAGGUACAAAAUGAUCCCUCCCUAUUUCAAGUCUGAAUUUGGAAUGCAAUUUCUUCAAAAAGAGUUUCCAGAUGUUGAAAUUCUCUCAGGAAUGCUCCCUCCGUUUCCAGACAGAGAAACAAAGGAACCGUUGUUGGAUACAUUUACAGAGUCCUCUGAAAAUGAAACUGCUAGAGAGAGAGCAAGAGCCAGAGAUGACUUGCUCAGACGUAAGCAUUCCAAAGGACUGCCCCCAAACAUAAUUUCUUCCUCAAUCUAUCCUGAAACCUAUCCAUCCCAUUUUACAAACGUAGAUGUAGAAGGAAGUGAAAAUGGAGUCCAGAUCCAUCCAAAACUUCAAUCACUUCUUAUGGAUGCUACAGGAUCCCCAAGAAAAGAGAAAGUGAAAUUGCCCGCUUUGAUACAAAGAAACAAGCCACAAUCAGUGCCAAGGCAAAAAAAUGUAGAUCUUGUUUCUGGCAAAGUCCGCACAUGCUCUGUCACAGCACCUUCCCAGAAAAUGUCAGGAUUCCUUCUUAUCCCACCGAAGGUGACAUUUGGCAUUCUUAAGGAGGGCUGCACUUAUUCAACCACAGUGGUUUUGAAGAAUGUUGGAAUGGAUUUCUGCAGGUUUCGGGUGAAACAACCACCACCUUCUACAGGAUUGCGUGUGAACUAUACCCCAGGGCCUGUGGCUGCUGGACUGCAAACCGUACUGGAAAUAGAGAUUUUUGCCAUGGCUGUUGGAGUGGAAGGAGAUGAGGGCUUGGACAAACUUUCCCAUCAGAUUGAAAUUCACACAGAAACUGAAACACUGUUUCUUCCUGUAGAAGCAAAUAUCUUUCAGUACACUGUCUAUGAUGAGAGACCACCAAACUAUCCCAAGGGAGGGCAGGCCUCCAGCAUCCAGUUGAUUCCAGCAAGUCCAAUCUCUCAGUUUAGAGUAAUACUUCCUCACAAGCUUCCUCAUUAAUGUAAGCAAUUGUAUUUCAGCAUGGGAAGUCUGGGUUUCAAAAGGAGAGCUUAUGUAUGGCAAUUAAG